AUGAGUUCAUCUGACCAUCACUGUUGUUCACAUGAUCAUGAUCAUUCUGCCACAGCAUCAGAUACAUCAUCAAAUGAUAAACCGAUACUCAAAAAAUCAACUAGUGUGACAGAUCAAAAUAUUGACGAUGAAACAAAAACUGUCUCACAACUAUUUGAUAUAGCUUGGAAAAAUCAAAAUGAUUUACAAGAUUCUCAUAUUGAUACAACAUCAGACGACUAUGCAACAAAACUGUCAGAAGAAAUACGUCUAUUAAAACUACUAGAAGAACGAAUACAAUCGCUUGAGUUAUUUAGUACAAAUGAACAUUAUAAUGAAAUAACAACGAAUAAUAUUCGUUAUUUUUUAAUCUAUGCAUUUCUUGGAUGGUUAUAUCAAACAAAACGUUCAAAACCAUCGGCACGUAUUACCAAUGUUCAACAAGCAUGCGAUUAUUAUAGAAAAUUUCUCAUGAUAACAAAACAGUAUUCCUUACAUGAACAUCAAAUACCCGAACCACUUUCAAUCGAUGAAGGUCAAAUUGAUUCAAAUCUGUCAGGUGACGUAUCGACAGGAAAUCGGAAUAUGACAACAAUGGCGCAAGAUCGAGCAUACAAAAUACGUAGCCAUAUGAAACGUCGAGAAGAAGAAGAGGCAAUGUAUACCUAUGAGAAAGCAAUGAAACAUGAUACCACAGAUGAUGAAGCAAAACGAAAUUUUUAUCUCAAGGAACUAAAGCUUCUUCAACAACGUGCUGUGUUGACCAAUGAUGAGAAUAUUUUACAUCAUCCACAAAAAUCUACUCAUCCAUUAAAACCUAUAAUUUUAACACGUGAUCAAUUACAAUCAAAAGUAUUUGGAGCAGGUUAUCCAAGUAUGUCGACAAUGACAGUAGAUGAAUUUUAUCAAAAUUUAACUAAACAAGGACUCAUGCCGAGUGAAGAAGAACAGAAAACAAUAAAGAACGCUCCUAUGACUUUUCCAACAGCAAGCGACAUGGAAAAAGAAGUAGUUGCUAAAGAAGAAUAUGUUGAGAGAGAUGAUUCAGAUAUGAUUCGAUAUUUACGUUCAAAGGAUGAAUUUAAAGAUGAUCAUUUGCGUGUUGGAAAAGAUGUUGUUGUUGAAUUAAAAAAUGAUCUAAGUAUAGCUGGUACUCUUCAUUCUGUUGAUCAAUAUUUAAAUGUUAAAUUAACAGAAGUUCAAGUAUUAGAUCCUGAAAAAUAUCCUCAUAUACAAUCAGUUAAACAUUGUUUUAUACGUGGAUCAGUUAUACGUUAUAUACAAUUGCCACCAGACGAUGUUGAUACACAAUUAUUGCAAGAAGCAGCUCGUAAAGAAGUAACUCAAGGAAGAAAAGAAUAA